GAUAUGUUCAUUCAAAUAAAAAUGUUUCGUUCCCAAAAUGAUUGAGAGGGGAUUGAUUCUGAACGCUGCCAAAGUCUUCUGCUAAAUUGAGUUCGGGUACUGGACGCUUGAAUCAAUCCGAUAAUCUUCGGCAGUGGAGAAUCAAGUUACUUAGCGUCUUUAAUUUUGAUUAAUCGUGGUGCCAUGAGCUUGAAACUCUACCAUGAUUUGCUAUCACAGCCAGCUCGAGCACUUUACAUAUUCUUGAAACAGACUGGAACACCCUUCGAGUCUGUGUUUGUGAAUCUGAUGAAAGGUGAACAUUUGAAGCCAGGUUUUGCCAAAUUGAAUGCCUUUAAACAGAUUCCUAUAAUCGAGCACGAUGGAUUCGUUUUGACCGAGAGCGUUGCCAUUCUGCGUUAUUUGUGUCGGGAAUUUAAGGUAGACGAUCAUUGGUACCCGAAAGAAUCCAAAGCACAAGCUAGAGUGGACGAAUUUCUCGAGUGGCAACACAUGGGUCUGAGACUUCAUUUAGUCUCUUACGUUCGCACCAAGUCAAUUAUACCAUUGAUAACGAAAAAACCAGCUCGUCCUGAGGAAUUAAAAAGAUUAGAAGGGCCCGUGGCUUCCAGUUUGGAUGAUUUAAAUAACAUCUGGUUGAAGGACAAUAAGCCUUUUUUAGUUUCUAACAAGAUUACCGUUGCCGAUAUAAUCGGAGCUUGCGAGGUCGAACAACUCAGAUUCGCUGGUUUCGAUGCUAGAAAGGGACGCCCGCAACUGACCGAAUGGCUCGAUCGUGUGGCGAAAGCAACCUCUCCUCACUACCAAGAAGCUCAUGAAAAAAUCAUCCAGCUUUCACCUAAAAUGUAGAAGUUCGAUAUUGUUUUUUUUAUAAUAAAUGUUGGCUGCUUUGAAAUAGAAUCGAAUUAUGUAAUGAG